UAUGAGAGCGGGGAGCGGUCUGGAGCGGGGCGGGAAGGUGCGCCAUUCCGGGGCCGACGCUCAAGACGAGGUCCUGAGAAAGGAGAAGUUCGUGGCCACGUUCCUUACCAGGCUGACUGAGAGGUUCGUGCUGGGUGUGGAUCUGUUCUUGGAGGCAGUGUGGAAGGUGUGGACGGAGCUCCUGGAUGUCCUUGGCCUUGACGUGUCCAACCUGUUGCAGUACUUGAGCCCCGCCUCAGUGUCCAACAGCCCUGUCCGGGCCCUGCUGCUGGUCGGUGUCGUCCUCCUGGCCUACUGGUUCCUGUCCCUGACCUUGGGCUUCACCUUCAGCAUCCUGCAGCUGAUGUUUGGCCGCUUCUUCUGGAUGGUGCGUGUGGUGCUGUUCUCCAUGUCGUGCAUGUACAUCCUGCACAAGUAUGAGGGUGAGCCAGAGAGCGCCGUGCUGCCCCUGUGCCUGGUGGUCGCCGUCUACUUCAUGACGGGGCCCAUGGGCUUCUACUGGCGCAGCAGCAGCCCCGGGGCACCAGGCGGCCCCAGCGUGGAGGAGAAGCUGGAACACCUGGAGAACCAGCUGCGGCUGCUCAACAUCCGCCUCACCAGGGUGCUGGAGAGCUUGGACCGCCCCAAGGACAAAUGAAGGUCAGCCAGCCGGCUGGAUCCGCCCGCACCGACUCGCGCGCCCAAGAAGCAGAAGAAAA